AUGGUGUGUGGACACUUGAAUCUAGCCCGUUUGCUGCUUGUCCCACGCGGCAGCGGACAAGGAACGAACGGCCGUGCCGCUAUUGAAUUGGUGUGCAAAGCCCUACGAGGUACAGUGCAAAGUAUAAGUGGUGGCAGGGGUGAAUUCGGAUCCGAGUUUAAAUCUGGAGUCGACAGAAAGGGGAGGGAGCAGCGUCGAGCCGCAACGAACAAUGGGGACGCGCCCGUGCCCGCAAGAUGUCUUUUCCUGGCGGGUGAUGGUGAGGUAGAUGGGGGAUUUCGAGUUGGCCAAGAGCGAGAACCUGCAAGUGCAGCGAUCGAGACGGCGGGUAAUGUACUUGAAGGAAAGAGAAAGGGGAAGAGCUCCUCGAGCUGUUGCAGGGAUGGUGGAUUCGCCACAAGUAGCGACGCCCGCGCGAGUCCUCCAGCGCACCGGUAG